CGAUUGGUGUUUCAACCCUAGAUCUCUGCUCGCUCCAUCGGCUCCGACCACCUGAUGGCGAUCCUACGUUGAAGUGAAUGGAUGGGGUAAUGGGGCUGCGCUUUGAAGGGAUCUCUGUUUCUCGUCCACCACGUAGACACAUCGCAUCCUCACCGGAGAUGGGAUAAGAUAUAGGUACCUACCUAACAGAUAUUCCCAGUUAUCUUCAUCAUUCCCUCGCUUCAUGGUUCGUCGCGGACGCCUUAGAUACGCUAUUGAUUGAAUCCACGAUGGCCUCGCUUAAGUCGCUAUUCUUGUUAGCACUAGCCGCGACGACAGCUCGCGCAAGUGGUGGCCACGGCGAUGACGGCGAUGCCCAGAAGCCCGUUACAUCAGACGACUACGUCUGCGAGCAUCCCGCCUACCAAAGUCACAUAGUGAACAAGUCCCCGCUGGUAAUAUACCUAGAGAAUUUCCUCACGGAAAAAGAGCGAGCUCACCUCCAGGAGAUAACCGCGAACACCUUCACGCACUCUGCCGUCGCCGACGCGGAGGGCGUGCAGGGCCUGCGGUCGACGCGGACGUCGCAGUCGACGAACGUGCCGCGCGACGCGGUGGUGCGGUGCAUCGAGGAGCGGGCGCUGCUGUUCCAGGGCUUCGACGUGCCGCGGACGCACCUGGAGUCGGUGCAGCUGGUGAAGUACGCGCAGGGCGAGCGGUACCACUUCCACACGGACUGGUACACGAACGCGGCGCACGCGUCGUCGGCGCUGGGCGGCAACCGGCUCUCGUCCUUCUUCGCGUACGUCGCCGCCGCCGGCAACAUCACCGGCGGCGGCACCAACUUCCCCAUGGUGCCCGCGCCCCGCCACCCGCGCUGGUGCGCCUUCGUCGACUGCGACGAGCCCUGGGAGAACGGCGUCACGUUCCGCCCCAUCCUCGGCAACGCCGUCUUCUGGCAGAACCUGCUCGAAGACGGCACCGGCGACCAGCGCACGCUGCACGCCGGCCUCCCCGUCACGAGCGGCUGGAAGAUAGGGAUGAAUAUCUGGACGAGGCAAGGCCACUUGAGCGAGGAUAUCCGGGGACCGGAUAUCUUGGUAUAAGGACGACUAAAUGAAUGAAUGCCAAUCUUGGGACAUUUUAGAUGCUAUUCUUUUCAUAUCUUUAGAUAUUUAAAGCUACGGGUCUUCGAGCAACGGCUCUCCCUCCCUGACUUACGAAAAUCCCUAAAGAAGGAGACAUCGUCAAGCGGUAUACCUACGUCU